AUGGCGGAUCUCGCCGCCCGCCUCACCAAGCUACUAGCGGAGAAGAACAGCAAAAGCAAUCUGGUCUUCUCGCCGCUCUCCAUCUAUGCUGUCCUUGCGCUCCUUGCGGCCGGCGCCGGCGGGGCCACCCUGGAGGAGGUCCUCCGCGUCUUAGGCGCGCGUUCGCGCCGCGAGCUAGAGGAAUCUGUAGUACGUCUCCGGAACGGCCCCCUCAUGGACACGUCGGAUUUGGGCGGGCCGAGCGUGGCGUUCGCGUACGGCGCGUGGAGCGACCUGACGCGGCCGAUGAAGCCAGCCUACCGCGACGCCGUCGUCGGCACGUACAAGGCCGGGGCCAGCGUCGUGGACUUCCUGAACAACCCAGAGCAAGCAACGGGGCAGAUCAACGCGUGGGUUGCGGAGGCCACGAGGAAUCUCAUCACGUCUGCCGUUUUUCCGGGAUCUCUACACCCGGACACCAAGCUUGUGCUUGCCAAUGCCAUCUACUUCAAGGGAAAGUGGAACCUGCCGUUCUACGAGAGCCACACCGAGAACAGGCCCUUCCACCGCCUCGAUGGCACCGCCGUCGACGUCCCGUUCAUGGCCAGCUACUCCGACAGCCACUAUAUCGCGGAGCAUGACGGAUUCAAGGUGCUCAAGCUAUGUUACAAGAACUCGCCCUACACGUACACCCGGUCCCAUCACUGCAUGUGCAUCUUCCUCCCGGACGCUCGCGAUGGCCUGGGGAGCCUACUGGACAAGAUAACCUCGUCCCCAGGUUUCCUGCGCGAGCAUCUGCCGGAGAGCACGGUCAAGGUCGGCAACUUGAGGGUGCCCAAGUUCGAGCUCUCCUUCCAGAGCAGUGUCACCGAUGUCCUCAAAGAUCUGGGGCUCCGUCUACCUUUCACUCCAGAGGCUGACCUCUCUGAGAUGCUUGAGGACGAUAGCACCAGUUUGCCGCUCCACGUGCAGGACGUCUUCCAGAAGGCUGUCCUCGAGGGUUCAGAUGCAGUCAUCUUUGCGGGACAUGUUGUCGACCCUAGCAAUGGUGCCGGGGUGGUGAUCCCGUCUCCGGCCCCGUUUCAGGAGGUGAACAGCGGGUCCAAACAUGUACCGCCGAUAUAUCAAUAUCAUCCAUCACUGCCUGCUCGUCUAGCAUCGCCGGCAUAUAAUCCAUCACUCCCUUCAUCCAGUCCAAGAUCACCGGUAUACAGGCCAACAUCUCCAGCAUACAGGCGGCCAGUAUCGCCAGUAUACAGGCCAACAACCCAUCCAUACAGCCGGCCAGUCUCGCCGGUAUACAGGCCGACAUCCCCUCCAUACACUCCAGUAUCGCCGGACAGGGUAAGACCAACACAAGCGAUGCACACAAAACACCGCGACGGGCGACGGGGCCAGUCCAUAUUGGCUGCAGGAGAUGGAGAAAAUGAGCAGCAGCAGCCUGCCCAAGGCAACUCCACAACCACAAGCGACAUCGACGGGAGAAGAUGA